CGCUCAGCCUGCACCGCGGCCGGGGACAUGGCAGAGCAGAGGUACUGCGUGGACUAUGCCAAGAGAGGCACCGCAGGCUGCAAGAAGUGCAAGGAGAAGAUCGUGAAGGGAAUGGUGCGAAUUGGGAAGAUUGUUCCUAACCCGUUCACCGAGUCCGGAGGGGACAUGAAGGAAUGGUACCAUGUCAAGUGCAUGUUUGAGAAGCUGGACAAGGCUCGGGCCACCACCAAGAAAAUUGAGGAUAUAACAGAUCUGGAGGGAUGGGAAGAGCUACAGGAUGAGGAGAAAGAAACAAUCAACAAGUACAUCUCAGAAGCCAAUUCCAAGACUGCAGGUACACCUAAGAAGAAGGUGAUAGUCCAGGCUAAGCUCACUGCCACAGGACAACUGACUACAAAAGAUCCAUUAGGUCUUGCCAAUCCAUCACCAAAGAAGUUCUCUGGCUUCUCAGCCAAGCCGAAGAAUUCCGAAGAUGCCUCUGCAAACUCUUCCCACAAGUCCUCCCUGUCUGCCUCAAGGUGUGAUCCGAAGCACAAGGACUGUUUGCUGCGCGAGUUCCGCAAGCUCUGUGCUAUGGUGGCCGAGAAGCCAAGCUACAAUGUGAAAACACAGAUCAUCCAGGACUUCCUGAAGAAGGGAUCUGGAGGAGAUGGUUUUCAUGGGGAUCUGUACCUGACCAUUAAGCUGCUGUUACCAGGUGUCAUUAAAAUUGUUUACAACUUGAAUGAUAAGCAGAUUGUAAAGCUGUUCAGUAGGAUUUUUAACUGCAACCAGGAAGAAAUGGUUCGGGACCUGGAACAGGGAGAUGUGUCCGAGACCAUCCGCAUCUUCUUCGAACAGAGCAAGACUUGUCCUCCAGCAGCCAAAAGCCUCCUGACCAUCCAGGAGGUCGAUGAAUUCCUAAUCCAGCUGUCAAAGCUGACUAAGGAGGAUGACCAGCAAAGUGUGCUGCAACAGAUUAGUCGCAGGUGUACAGGCAAUGACCUGAAAUGCAUCAUCAGGCUAAUUAAGCAUGACUUGAAAAUGAAUGCUGGAGCAAAGCACGUGUUGGAUGCUUUGGAUCCCAAUGCUUACGAGGCCUUCAAAGCAUCCAGGAACCUGCAGGACGUGGUGGAGCGAGUGCUGAAGAACCAGCAGGAGGCUGAGAAGGUGCCGGGGCUGAAACGCACCCUGAGCGUGCAGGCCUCGCUCAUGACCCCCGUGCAGCCCAUGCUGGCUGAAGCUUGCAAGUCCAUCGAGUAUGCCAUGAAGAAGUGCCCUAAUGGCAUGUAUGCAGAGAUCAAGUAUGAUGGAGAGAGGGUGCAGGUCCACAAGAAUGGAGAUCACUUCAACUACUUCAGCAGGCGCCUCAAACCUGUCCUCCCACACAAAGUAGCUCACUUUAAGGACUUCAUCCCCCAGGCUUUCCCUGGGGGGCAAAGUAUGAUCCUGGAUUCAGAAGUUCUUCUCAUCGACAACAAAACUGGCAAACCACUUCCUUUUGGGACACUUGGUGUGCACAAGAAAGCUGCUUUCCAAGAUGCCAACGUUUGCCUCUUUGUGUUUGACUGCAUCUAUUUCAACGACGUCAGCCUGAUGGACAGGCCUCUGUGUGAACGGCGCAAGUUCCUCCGCGAUAACAUGGUUGAAAUCCCAAACCGCAUCCUCUUCUCGGAGAUGAAGCAUGUGACAAAAGCUUCAGAUCUGGCAGAUAUGAUCACCCGAGUCAUCCGUGAGGGACUGGAAGGAUUGGUCUUGAAAGACUUAAAGGGCAGUUAUGAACCAGGAAAACGACACUGGCUGAAAGUGAAGAAGGACUACCUCAACGAGGGUGCCAUGGCUGACACAGCAGACCUGGUGGUGCUGGGAGCUUUCUAUGGGCAGGGCAGUAAAGGUGGGAUGAUGUCCAUCUUCCUCAUGGGCUGCUACGAUCCCAAGAGUGAGAAGUGGUGCACUGUGACCAAGUGCUCUGGUGGCCACGAUGAUGCCACCUUGGCACGUCUGCAGACAGAGCUGGAUAUGGUGAAGAUCAGCAAGGAUCCUACUAAAAUUCCAAGGUGGCUAAAAAUUAACAAAAUCUACUACCCAGACUUCAUUGUCCCAGAUCCAAAGAAAGCCCCAGUGUGGGAGAUCACAGGGGCUGAGUUCUCCAAGGCUGAAGCUCACACUGCAGAUGGGAUCUCCAUUCGCUUCCCGCGCUGCACGCGCAUCCGGGAUGACAAGGACUGGCAGACAGCCACCAACCUGCAGCAGCUUAAGGAGCUGUACCAGCUCUCCAAGGAGAAGGCUGAUUUCAGUGUUGUUGCUGGAGAGGAAGAUGAGUCUACAGCUAGCAGCAGUGGAGAGAAUGAGGGAAAUUCCAGGUCUUCCACACCUCACAGCAGUAUUAAAACCCCUCCACGCAAGUCACCCGCGAAAGCCCAGAAGCCAGAAGAGAGCAAAGCAGUCAUUACAUCCCCUCAAAAAUCCGAGGAGAAACGAGGUGAGAAGAGAAAAGCAUCUGAGAUGGAGGACAAUGGAAAAAAGCCACUGCUGGACAUUUUCACGGGGGUGAAGCUCUACCUGUCGCCCUCUGUGAAGGACUUCGACAAAAUCCGGCGCUACUUCAUCGCCUACGACGGGGACCUCGUGCCAGAGUUCGACACAGCCUCAGCCACACAUGUCAUAGGGGACAUUGAUGACAAUCCUGGUGCUAAACGUGUCUCUCCCAAGUGGAUCUGGGAGUGCAUCCGCAAACGCAGACUGGUAGCCCCGUGCUAGCAGUGUGAGGCAGCUGAGCUGACCUAGGAACAGCUGAGGACUAGGUAGGUGGAAGGAGUGGUGAGAUUCCUCGGUGGAGAUGUGGGUAGACAUGAAAUGCCAUCAGAGGUAGUUACAAAGAGCCACAGUAACCAUAUGGAAUAAAUUAAGAAACUCUCUGAAGAAAUGUCCCUGCUGAAUCCAGUUUUCCUGCCCAUAAUGUAGACCACAGUCCUCCAGGGGCUGGUUUAGUCUCCUUGGGUUUUUAAAGUUUGGGUAUUUUUAUAGAUAAAUAAAACUGAAGCAGUU